AGUUCGUCUCGAUUCAAUCCACUUGGCAUUCAAAUGCUGUCAAAUUCCCUUUAUCGUCAAGUCUUUCCCAAAUACUAUAAUAAAUCAACCGCCAUUUCUGACAAUACUUCCAAGAUCACUGCAUUGGAACUCUCAAAAAAACAUUUAUCUGAUCAUGAUCUUCUUGGCAAAAAUUUGGCUCCGCUUCCCGAAAUAGAUCUGCCACUCCCUCCACUCGUUACAGCUUACACCGAUCCAUCCAUGGCUACUAUCGAAGAACAUUUUAGAAUCAUUUCUUUGGAACAGGCUGAACCUUAUCUAUCUCAAACUCGUAAAUUUGCUGCUUCCAAUCUGCCUGAUAUGCCCAAAACUUGGAUUAAAUCUGCCGGUUGGACUCAAUACAGUUCAGAUGGAUCCACUACUUUGAUAAAUCACCCGCCUUUUGGGGAAGCUCUUGUCUUUGAUGUCGAAGUCAUGUAUAAAAUCAGUUUAUUUCCUACAAUCGCCAUUGCUGCAUCUGCUACUUCGUGGUAUUCGUGGUGCUCACCUGCAAUCUGUGGUGGUGUACAGCCAUGUCAGGAUCUGAUUUCCUUUGGAAAAACUGACAUUCCUCGAAUCAUUGUUGGUCACAAUGUAUCCUAUGAUCGUGCUCGUAUCUUGGAAGAGUAUCAAUCUGAGUCAACAAAAAACGCCUUGAUUGAUACUAUGAGUUUGCAUUGUGCUGUUUCUGGCAUGUCUUCUCAGCAGAGAAUGCUUUGGACUCAAUACCGUAAAUCAAAAAUAGCUCAAGACAAAAUGGAAUUUGAAGACGAAUACGCAACACCUCCUCCUUCACCCUUGGUAAAUGGAAUGACUGAUUUGGAGCUGGCUGAUGCCAAUCCAUGGCUUACAAAAACUUCUGUAAAUAGUCUUUUUGAAGUGGCAAAAUUGCAUUUGAAGCGUAAAGUUGACAAGGCCGUACGAGAUUAUUUUUCUUCUUCAGAUAUGUCACAGUUUGAUGAUCCGGCACUUUUUCAAACUCUUAUGAGUUAUUGUGCAGAGGAUGUCAAGGUCACUCACGAGCUUUUUGGAUUUUUGUUUCCGCGUUUCGAAGUAAAAUGCCCUCAUCCUGCAUCCUUUGCUGGCGUGUUGCAUAUGGGCAAAUCCUACUUGACAGUAACUUCCGAUUGGAAACAAUUUGUGGAUCGCUGUGAAAAUAUUUGCUCCAACACUCAACAGAGCAUCGAGCAUGAUUUGUCUGCUUUGGCAGAAAGUGCUUUGGCUUUGGCUGAAGGCGAAGCUUACAAGAACGAUCCUUGGUUCAAGUUUUUAGACUGGACUCCUAAAAAAGUUCGUUUAACCAUGCCCAAGUACUCUUCAAAAGAUGGAUCUAUAGUGCAUCCUGCUCGUCCAUUCAAGUCCAAGGGCGAUGCACAUUUGAUAGACAAACCUAAAUGGUAUUGUGAUCAAUGGGAUUCGAGUAAUAAGCGUCUUUUACUGAGUACAAGCAGGCGCAUUGUUCCAUAUCUACUUCGAAUGAAUUGGGACGGAUUUCCUAUUUCAUACUGUCGUGCGUAUGGAUGGAUGUAUCGUCGUCCAGUCAAGGAUAUCCCCCCUGAUUCAGAAUGUCUUAAACUGCAACUUUCAUUCAGCGUGGAUCCAAAAGAUAAAGCCUAUGAUCCAAUUGCCACGUUUGAUGAAGAGAAUGCAUAUUUUCGCAUUCCCCAUACAAAUGGCGAAAAUCAAAACUGUGGAAAUCCGUUGUCUAAACCAUAUAUUACUCACUUUGAAAAGGGAAUACUUACGUCUGCAGUCCCAGAGGCACAGAAUAUUCUUGAAAAACACGCACAAUGCACAUAUUGGAUCUCAUCUCGUGCACGCAUCAACGGCCAGUUUAUUGUUUGGGAUUCGGCUAAACAACCAUUGGGAUACGCUUCUCAUGCAAAUGACGACAAUAUUGGUGUAAUUUUACCCUGCACUAUUCCCAUGGGCACCAUUACUCGUCGAGCUGUUGAGCCGUUGUGGAUGACUGCAUCUAACGCCAAAGAAAAUCGUAUUGGUUCAGAGGUCAAGUCCAUGAUAAUGCCUGCAAAAGGAUAUUCACUCGUGGGUGCAGAUGUGGAUAGUGAAGAACUGUGGAUCGCUUCAGUAUUUGGAGAUGCACAGUUUGGCCAGCACGGUAGCACUGCAAUUGGGUUUAUGACAUUGCAAGGUGCAAAAGCUGCUGGCACUGAUUUGCAUUCUACGACUGGAAAAAUUCUUGGUAUUUCACGUAACCAAUCCAAAGUCUUCAACUAUGGGCGGAUUUAUGGAGCUGGUAUUCGAUAUGCAGUUCAGCUGCUCAUGCAAGGCAAUUCAAAUUUGACACGAGAAAUGGCUGAAAAAAAGGCAGAACAACUUUACAAGAGCACCAAGGGUCGGCGACAUAGAAGUCUUGGCAGGUUCGAUAAUUUAUGGCAUGGCGGUACAGAAUCGAUGAUGUUUAAUACAUUGGAUUGGAUUGCAACAUACUCUGAUCCACGUACACCUAUUCUUGGUUGUCAAAUUCCAGAUGCUUUAAUGCCUCAAAAUGUUCGGAAUCAGUUUAUGCCAAGUCGAAUCAAUUGGGCAGUUCAAUCAUCAGGAGUAGACUACUUGCAUCUUCUUCUCAUUUCCAUGAAUUAUCUUAUGCGCCGACUUAAUAUUGAUGGCCGGUUUCUGAUUAGUAUCCACGACGAGGUUCGUUAUAUCAUCAAAGAUGAGCAUGUUGAUCUUGCCUGUCUUGCUUUGCACAUCAGUAACUUAUGGACACGCGCUAUGUUUUCAAGUCGGCUUGGGUUGCAUGAUUUACCUCUGAAUGUCGCAUUCUUCUCCCUAGUAGAUGUCGAUCAUUGCUUGCGAAAAGAAGUAGACAUGCAGUGCGUGACUCCUUCCAACGGCUCUCCCAUUCCUCCAGGGAGAUCACUCACUGUCAAUGAGACGAUUGAACGACUAAAAUCCUUUUUAUCGAAAAAGAACCCAUAUGGUCCCGAGCUUGAAUCUGUUACUCAAAUGGUCGAAAAGUUUAAAAAAGCAAAUACAUGGACACCACCCUUGCCUGUUCCCUUGCCUGAACUCGACAUUUUACGUGCUCAGUUGUGUCGGACCCAAAUGGAGAUUAGAAAAAUAGAAAACCCUAUUCUUACAAGUAGGAAACCAAAAGUGUCUACCCACCGAACAGUUGUCCCAAACUCUGGAAUUUCUGCCAAGAUGUAA